UAGACACAUGAUCAUGGUUCAUUUCAAAUUAGAACCAAAUUGGAAGCAAGCCUAUCAAAAUUGGAAUCAAACUAUAUAUGGUCAUUCAUUUAUAUUUUUUUUUAAAAAAAAUUUCAGUUGUGUUGGACACCUUUGAGCCAUUUUUAAUUAUUGUGCAUCAAAAAGUCUAUCGCUAUGCAUAUCUAAAGCACAUUUAUAUAUAAUUUAGAUAUCGUAUCAAAGAAGUCGUAAGCAGAAAUGUCCUACUGUCCCAAACUAAUUUAUGCUCUUUUUUUUAUUUUGUUGAUAACUAAUUUACUAUUUUUGUUCUGCAAAUUCUCAAAUGCAUCCGAUACUCUUACUUCAUCCCAAUCAAUUGUUGAUGGCCGAUACUCUUACUUCAUCCCAAUCAAUUGUUGAUGGCCAGACCUUAGUUUCAAAAGAUGGAAAUUAUGAGCUUGGUUUCUUCAGUCCUGGUAGUUCCAGGAAGCGUUACUUCGGAAUUUGGUACAAAAAGGUCUCAGUUAGAACUGUCGUUUGGGUGGCAAACCAACGCAAUGCAAUUAACGAUUCUUCUAGUUUGCUGACGAUAGACAGAACAUCUAAAAAUCUUGUACUUAUCAGCAAGAACAGCCUUGUUUGGUCAUCAAACUCUACGAAAGAAGCCCAAAAUCCAGUAGCACAGCUCCUGGAUUCCGGGAAUCUUGUUUUAAGAGAUGAAAAGAAUGGAAAUUCUGGAACAUACUUAUGGCAGAGCUUUGAUUAUCCGACUGAUACAUUACUUGCAGGAAUGAAGAUUGGAGUGAAAUUGAAGCCCCAACGUAGUAUGCGUCUUGUAUCAUGGAAAAACUGGGAUGAUCCAUCACCAGGGGACUUUGUUUGGGACUUACGAGUAGUACAUGAUAUUGUUGAAUCAGCUAUCUGGAAAGGCUCGGGUAUCUUGAUGCGAUCAGGCCCAUGGAAUGGCAUUUCAUUCAGCGGUAUACCACAAUUAAGGCCUAACCAAGUUUAUGAUUUCAAGUUUGAGCGUAAUGAAGAGGAAGUUUACAUUUUAUACCACCAAAAAGAUGACACUGUAAUAUACAGGCCUAUACUGAACCAAACCAACAAUAGACUUGAGUUGCUAUUAUGGGAUAAAACUUCUCAAUCUUGGCUUCUGCAGUUUUAUUUGCCGUCGGAUCACUGUGAUUCUUAUGGCAUUUGUGGUAGAUUUGGAAUUUGUAAAGCUUCUACAACACCAGAUUGUCAAUGUUUGAAAGGAUUCAGUCCUAAAUCGCCAGAGAAAUGGUACUCAGCAGAUUUUUCUCAAGGGUGUGUCCGUAACAAUUCAUUGAACUGCAGCAGUGACGGUUUUAUCAAAUUCCCAGGGUUAAAAUUACCAGAUAUUACAGAUACUUGGGCAAAUGAAAGCAUGAACCUUAAUGAAUGCAGAUCUAAAUGCUUCAAGAACUGUUCUUGCACUGCAUACACAAGCUAUGAUAUUAGAAAUGGAGGCAGCGGUUGUAUCAUUUGGUUUAGUGAUUUGAUUGAUAUCAGAGAAAUUGCUUUUGGUGGACAGGAUCUAUACAUUCGGAUGUCGGCUUCUGAACAUUUGAUUGAUAUCAGAGAAAUUGCUUUUGGUGGACAGGAUCUAUACAUUCGGAUGUCGGCUUCUGAACUAGUUGGUUUAGAAGAUGUGGGAGGUAAUCAGAACAAGAAGAUGAUGGUGAUAAUCAUCCCUUCUGUUAUUGCAACUUCUGGAAUUCUAGCAGUCAGCUAUUACUACUUCAAAAGCCGGAAGAAACUAAAAGAAAAAAAUAAAAUGCAAGACAAAAAUCAAGAAUCAGACGAGGAACUGGAGCUGCCAUUAUUUGACUUUGCCACAAUAUCACAUGCAACCAACAAAUUUAUGCAACCAACAAAUUUUCGUUCGACCAAUAAGCUGGGACAAGGUGGUUUUGGACCUGUAUACACAGGUAAUGGAAAAGAGAUUGCUGUUAAGAGGUUAUCAAGCAAUUCUGGACAAGGAUUAAUCGAGUUCAAAAAUGAAGUUAAAUUGAUUGCCAAACUUCAGCAUCGAAAUCUUGUAAAGCUUCAUGGUUGUUGCAUUAAGGGAGACGAGAGACUUCUGAUCUAUGACUAUAUGCCAAACAAAAGUCUAGACUACUUCAUUUUUGAUCAAAGUAGAGCAAAACUAUUAGAUUGGUCCAAGCGUUUCAAGAUUGUGUGUGGAAUUGCUAGGGGGCUUCUCUAUCUUCAUCAAGAUUCAAGAUUAGAUUCAAGAUUAAAGAUUAUACAUAGAGAUCUUAAAACCCAGUACGUAUUACUGAAAUGAGAUGAUACCCAAAAAAUUUCAGAUUUUUUGGCAAUGGCCAGAAACUUUGGAGGAGAUCAGACUGAAGGAACACACAUAGAAGGGUGUGGUUAUAUGGCGCCAGAGUAUGCCAGUGAUGGGCUAUUUUCAGUCAAAUCUGAUGUUUUUAGCUUCGGUAUCCUAAUGUUAGAGACAACUACUGGAAAGAGAAGUCGUGGAUUUUAUCACCCAGACCACAGCGUUAACCUUAUUGGAUAUGCAUGGAGAUUGUGGAAUGAAGGGAAUGUCUUGGAAUUGGUGGAAUCAUUUUUAAUGGAGUCUUGCAGUUUAUUAGAAGUUAAACGAUGCAUCCAUAUCAGCCUCUUAUGCGUUCAACAACAUGCAGAGGACAGGCCAAGCAUGGCAACUGUGGUUUUAAUGUUAGGCAGCAAGAAUGAACUGCCACAGCCCAAAAAACCUGGUUUUUUGAUAGAAUCACGUCCGCUAGAAACACAAUCUCCAUCGAGCAAUCCAGGAUCAUCUUCAAAAAAUGAAAUUAGCUUAUCAGAGUUGCAGGGUCGAUAAUGGAUCAUGAAACUGCUAUCACUGGUGUUGUUUAUCCUUGUCCAAAUUUCUUCAGUGUGUUAAACGGCUACUAUCUUAGAUGCAAAUUUGUCUAUCAUAUUACAUGCCUUAAGUACACGCCUGUAUUGGACUGUGUUCUGCGGGUUAGAAGUUAGUUGAUUUUCCUGAUUUAAAAAAAAAAAUUUUGAUUCUAGAUCUGAUUAUUAGUGUAUACGAGGUAUAAAAUGCUUCAAGACGCCAAGAAAAUAUGAUCAAGAGGAGAAUUGUAAAAUUCCCAUGUUUCAUUUUCAAAAUUUUUGAAUUGUGUUUAAGUUAAAAUGUCAAAUAAAAUGUUAGAUACUGAGUUGUUUAAAA